CCUUCUUCUUAAACCUUAAAUACUUUCUACAUAAACUUUCUAAUUAAUUCCAUGGCUUCUCAGGCAAUCGAAAGCCACAGGGAGGGCGCCGAGGUCUUCAAGGGAGAUGAAAUCUGCAGGAAGAAGUCGAUUGAGUUGCUCGAAGAGCUCUGCCUUCCAAAGGGUCUGUUCCCCUUGGAGGACAUUGAGGAAUUCGGCUAUAACCGUGCUUCUGGCUUCAUAUGGCUGAUUCAGAGGAAGAAGAAGGAUCAUGUCUUCAAGCAAAUCAAGAGAGCAGUGUCUUAUGCUCCGGAGGUGACUGCCUUCGUUGAGAAGUAUAAGUUGAAGAAGUUGACUGGUGUUAAGACGAAGGAGCUCUUGUUAUGGCUCUCUGUUGUGGAGGUCUAUUUGGAGACUCCCACUUCUGAGAAACUCACCUUCAAAACUGGAACAGGGCUCUCUGAUAGCUUUAUUGCUUCUGCUUUUGAGCUGUAGAGUUAUCUGCAUGAAGAGAAGGCAGACAUAACUAUAUUGCAUUUGUUAUGAAUUAUGCUAUUACAUGGUCUUUUUUUUUCUUUCUGUUUUUCAGGUGCACUUCAUCAGAUCUGUAUGAUUGUAACAUGAUGCUUCUUAAUGAAAUAUUAUUUU